AUGGCAAAUAAAAGUUGCGAUAGAAGAACAGUGGAUGCAUCAAUUGUUUGGGAUAUAGACAACUGCUAUCAGAAGAAUGAUAUUGCUUAUUUGCAUUUUCGUCGUAAAUAUGGCUAUGGUAAUGUGGCUCCACGUACCAGUGUUGGUCGAACCUUCUGUAUCGUCUAUGGUCUUAUCGGAAUUCCAUUCACACUGUUGGCAAUUGCUGAUUUGGGAAAAUUUGUCACCGAAGUGGUGGAUUUAUGUACUAACGCGGUAGUCAGGUUUACAAGGUUGGUAAGAAAAAGGUGUUCAGGAUGGCGUAGUUAUGUGUCGAAAAAAAAAUGUAGUAUUAUUUACGGUAAUGGUCUUGGUCGUGCACCUGUCGAUGAUAAGCUAACAAAAGUGGAAAAUGCUGAUGAUAUCGAAAAAGAAGUUGAAGUAACUGUUAUCAAUGUUGCUUUUUUUUGGUAUUUAACAAAAUAA